CAAGCCUAUAAAAGCGCACGGAGUACCGAAACUUCUCACAGUCAUUUAUGAUACCGCAACGAGGCAUAUAAUAGUGCUUGCAUACGCAGAUAAACACAACGUGAAAUACACCAACAAAGUUAUCUCAAUUUUAUCUUACAAUGGAACUGAAAUUUGUGCUAAUCGCCGCCUUCAUUGGCGCACUGCAGAUCGUUCACGCUAAGGACUAUUGUGAUUCAUCCUAUUGUGGAUCGAGGAAGCACAUUGCUUGCGACAACAAUGGGAAAUUCGCGGCGUCUUGCAAAAAUCCCGCUAUGAUCACUUUUACCCAAACACAAAAGGAUUUGAUCGUCGAUUCGCACAAUAACAAACGUAAUACUGUGGCUGGCGGUAAGACCAAGUUGAAACCGGCCUGUCGGAUGGCCACCAUGCAGUGGGACAACGAAUUGGCCGAAUUGGCGGCGCUGAAUGUCAAACAAUGUCAAAUGAAACACGAUGCAUGUCGCAAUACGGAUGCCUUCAAAUAUUCUGGACAGAAUUUGGCUUGGAUUACUUUCUAUAAUACCCCUAAUGCUACGAAAUUGUCAUUACAAUCGGUGGAUAUGUGGUAUGAUGAGAUCGACGACACCAAAAUGGAAUACAUUAACAAGUACCCGAAUAAUUAUCAAGGCCCCGCUAUUGGUCACUUUACCGUUAUGAUGGCAGAUCGUAAUAUUCGUGUGGGUUGCGCUGCUUCUACCUACGACGAAUCGGGUCAACCAUAUAAAGCUUUCCUAUUCGCCUGUAAUUAUGCAACAACAAAUAUGAUCAACUUCCCGAUUUAUAAAAGUUGUUCGGUAGCAGCUUCGGAAUGCAAGGCUGGCAAAAAUCCGAAAUACACUAGUCUUUGUUCGGUCUCGGAGAAGUAUGAUGUUAACAAAUGGUUUUAAAACCGUGUAAUUCGAAAUGGAAUUUUGUUUAAAUUUUUUAAAUUAUAAGAGUCAAUAAAUAUAAGCUUAAAAUGAA